AGAAUGAUAUGUCAUUUUUAACAUUCUAGAUGAUUCUAAAAGCAGUUAGCGAAACUCAUUCUGCCCUGACGCCCUUAAUGCAAAAGUGCAGAACUCUCAACCAUCUAAAAGAGCUCCAUUGCCAACUCCUCAAACUCUACCUCCCUGAAACCCCAUCAGCCAUUGCUCCCCUUCUUUCAUUUGCUGUGAAUUCUAGGAUUCCUUCUUUCUUCAACUAUUCGCGUAUUGUGUUUCAAAAUCUUGGCUACCAAAGUACUUUUUUGUACAAUACCAUGAUCAGAGGAUACAUGCAAUCAGAAAUGCCGAUACCAGCAAUUAUAUGCUAUAAAGACAUGCUGAGAGAUAAACUUAUUGUGAAUAAUUAUACCAUUCCACCAUUGAUAAAGGCUUGUUCAAUGGUUUUAAAUGAGUUUGGGCAACUUGGGUUUUCAGUCCAUGCCCAUCCACUGAAGUUGGGAUUACAAAAUGACCGGUUUAUUGUUGCAGCAUUGAUUGAAUUUUAUUCCCUAAAUCUCGAGAUGGACAAAGCACGUAUGUUGUUUGAUGAAAUUCCCGACAGGGAUGUGGUUUUGUUUACUACCAUGAUUGAUGGAUACGGGAAAAUAGGGGAGGUGGGAAAAGCCAGAUUGUUGUUUGAAGAAAUGCCGGAGAGAAAUGUGAUUUCUUGGAGUGCAAUGAUGGCAGCAUAUUCACGGUCUAGUGAUUUUAAGGAGGUUCUUUGCUUGUAUCGGAGGAUGGAAGAAGACGGUCUUAAGCCCAAUGAGUCUGUUCUUGUUAGUGUCCUCACGGCUUGUGCUCAUCUAGGUGCCUUAGCACAAGGUUUUUGGGUACAUUCAUUGGCUAAGCAUUAUAAUUAUGAGUCGAACCCAAUAUUGGCUACUGCAUUGGUUGACAUGUACUCUAAAUGUGGGAGAAUGGAGUUGGCUUCAUCAGUCUUUGAAGAGAUGACUUAUAAGGAUACUGGAGCAUGGAAUGCCAUCAUAUCAGGCUUUGCAAUGAACGGAGAUGCAAUGAAAUCCGUUCAAUUGUUCUAUAGGAUGUUAGCAAGUGGGAAUCAACCAAAUGAAACUACAUUUGUUGCUGUGCUCUCUGCUUGCACUCAUACAAAUAUGGUUGACAAAGGUCUUUCACUGUUUGAAAGAAUGGGCAGUGUUUAUGGGGUUGAACCCAGGUUUGAGCAUCGUGCAUGUGUGGUAGACCUGUUAGCAAGAGCUGGUAAGCUCGAGGAUGCUGAGAAGUUCAUUGAUGAGAACAUGGGAGGGCUAGAGAAAGGGGAUGCUAACGUGUGGGGAGCUUUACUUGGUGCUUGUAGGGUCUACGGUGAUCUUAAAGUAGGUGAUAGAAUAUGGAGAAAAUUGUCUAACAUGAAGGUAGCUGACUAUGGUACUUACAUACUUGCAUACAACAUGUACAAGGAAGCUGGUUGGGAAAUUGAAGCCAACUGUGUUAGGAAAUUGAUUGAGCAGAUGAGAAUAAAGAAGCAGCCUGGAUGUAGCGUCAUAGAGGUAAAUGGUGUGGUUAAAGAAUUCCUCGCGAGUGAUCUUUUACAUCCCAAGUCACGACUAGUCCGCAACGUGCUUGAGUCCUUACCUAAUGUAAUGCAUCUUAUUGAUUGA